AUGGGCUCCCUCACUCGCUUCACAGAGCCCUUCCGACGGCCUUCAGGCCCCUCCACGCCAGGUCCCCUCGCCCAUCCCCUUCCGACGCCGGCCUCCCCGACCACUUCCAGAGGCUCCCUCACCCCGCGCACCCUGCCCCUCGGACCGCUGCAGGGACGCCAGCCCGCCUCGCGCCGGUCCCCGGGCGAGUCCUCCGAGCUUCCUAGAGCGCCCGGAAGUGCCGGCGGCGUGGGGCGGAGCUUCCGGGGAACGCCGCGCGCGCCCGCGGUUCGGCCGCGUCAGGGUCAGCGGCGCUAUGGGGGCGUGGUUCCGAGGCGGCGCGCGCAGCCUCCUCGGACCGGACACCCCAGCGCCGGUACCGCCAGGUGCAGCCGCUGGGCCGCAGGAGCCCACCGGGCUGGAGGCGCGGCGGGGCGUCCGCGCAGCCGCAGCCCGGGGCGGGCCGAUUCGCAAGGCCCUGUGCUCCGCACCCUGCGCACUUUAAGGCGUUCUCCCGUUGGAGGACUUGACACUCGCGGCCAGGCCGGGUCCCUCCGGGAGCGCGCGCCCGGGAGCGCUGGCACAGAGCUGCCUGAGUCCCGUCCGCGCGCCCCGGGGGCACCGAGCUGCCUGACCCCCACCCAGGAGCGCUGGCAGCGAGCUGCCAGAGUCCCGGCUGCUGCCCGCCCUGCUUCUCCCUCACAGUUUGCUGUAACGCGGAGCCCCCCCUCCUGCGGGCGCUUCAGGACCCGCUCUGGCGGUGCCCGCAGGCGGCUCUCCCUGCGGAGUCGGCGGCUCCGUUGCCUCCGCGGCUGGGGAAGCGCUCUGCGCACCGCUGCCGGGCACCGGCUCCACGCACCGCUGUGCCUCCGACGGUCUCCCUUCUUCCACCGGAAGCUUCCCGGCGGGGAGAAGCCUCCCGAGUGCGCUGAGCGCGGGAGGGCUUUGGGCCGGAGGCCGUUCGCGGUGGAGCAUCCGCACGGGCGCGGGAAAGCCUUCGUGCCGGCUCGCACUUCCCGCCGCCGGCGGCCGGGAGCCCGCUGCCCCGAGUGCGGCCGCGCGGGGCGCGGGGUCCUCCGGACAGGCUCCCCCUCCUCCCCACCGCUGGCCGAGCCCUCGACCGAGGCUCAGCCGGCCCGCCCGGCGCCCACGGGCGCUUUUGGCUCGGUGCGGCCUCGGCUCCAGAAUGAUCUAGGGGGGAUCGGAGGGAAGAGGAGCACUCCCCAGAAGGAAAGCCCCCACUGCAAGCCGCUGGCGAGGGAGACCGGGAGCCAGAGGGGGUCUCCGCAACCGGGAGGAGGGCCGCGAUCGCGAAGCCGCCCCGCCGCGGGCGCUCCCGGCCCCUCUCCGGGGAGCGGGCCCCCCGGGCCUCCCUCGGACGGCCCUCUGCCCCCGCGGCGCCGCCACCGCUCUCCACCCGCACGCGCCUCGUCGGCUCGUUCGUUCGCCCCGCGGCCGCCUCGGCCACCGUCUGGCCUCACCCGGGCCCGGCUGCAGGCGAGGGAGGCAGGGCUCGCAGGGGGUCGCGGCUCCGGGAGGCGGGCGGGGCGGGCGAGGUCCCCCGGACACCGCCGCGAGCGGAGCCAGCGUCCUGCGCGCGCAGCCCACGCGGGGAGCAGCCGGGGCGCGCAGUCCCCCCACCCCCCCCGCGGCCUAGAGCGUCACCGAGAGCCGCCAGCGCCGCGGCCUCCCGGGCAGCCGAGCGCACAGUCCUCCCGCGGCCUAGAGCGUCACCGGAAGUGCCCGCGCCGCGGCGCUGGGGACGGCGGCGCUUCCGGCGGACGGCGGGGCUGCAGGCAGGUGUACCCGCUGCUGGCGUUCCCACAAGGCACAGCGAGGCGCGCCCCCAGGUCCGGUCUUCAGCACACCAAUGAGACGGCCACCCUGAUGGACACACACACAGCGUCCCUGGCGCCGGCGGCCGGCGGCCGUGCCGCUUCAGUGGCGGAGCGGGGGGCUCCGAGCACAGUGCCAGCGCCGAAGCAGGAGGCUUCCGAAGAAGGGGGGUGCCGCGGGGAGAGCGGGCCGGGGCCGGCCCGGGGGCCCGCGCGGGCGCCGCGGCUUCCGGACGGUCGUGGGGACGAGGAGGCCGGAGGCUCCCCCGGGCCACCGGCCGUCUCCGAGAAACCCGGAGGGGGGGCCGGCCGGGACAGCAGCGGGGUCGCCGCCCCCGACGCAGGCUCCGCGGCGGGGGGGAGAGGCCCCCGGAAAGGGCGGCCUUACCAGUGCGGCGCGUGCGACCGCAGCUUCCAGUGCCACUCGGACGCGGCGAAGCACCGGAGCAUUCACUCCGGGGCGAAGCCGUUCGCCUGCAGCGACUGCGGGAAGGCCUUCAUCCACAGCUCGCACGUGGUCCGCCACCAGCGCACGCACCACGGCGAGCGGCCCUACGUGUGCGAGGAGUGCGGCCGCGCCUUCGGCCAGAGCUUCAACCUGGUGCGCCACCGGCGCACGCACACGGGGGAGAAGCCGUUCGGCUGCGCCGAGUGCGGCAAGGCCUUCGGCCAGAGGUCGGACGCCGCCAAGCACCGGAGGACGCACACGGGCGAGCGGCCGUACGCCUGCGGCGAGUGCGGGAAGGCCUUCGUCCACAGCUCCAACGUGGCCCGCCACCGGCGCACGCACCGCGGGGACAGCCCCUACGUGUGCAGGGAGUGCGGCCAGGCCUUCGGCCAGAGCUCCAACCUGCUGCAGCACCGGCGCGUGCACACGGGCGAGAGGCCCUUCCGCUGCCCCGAGUGCGGCCGCGCCUUCAGCCGCAGCUCCUUCCUCAGCGAGCACCGGCGCAUCCACACCGGCGAGAAGCCGUACGCCUGCGGCGAGUGCGGCCGCGCCUUCAGGGCCCUGUCCGGCUUCUUCCGGCACCGGCGGGUGCACAGCGGCGAGAAGCCCUUCCGCUGCGGCGAGUGCGGCCGCGCCUUCCGCCUGAGCUCGCACCUGAUCCAGCACCGGCGCGUGCACGGCGCCGAGUGAGCCCCGCCCCGCCGCGGCCCGGGGAGGGGGGAGGGGGGAGGGCGCAGCGCCGGGAGACCGCGGGCGGGGGAGGCGGGGGCGGCCUCCCGGCUUUCCGUGCUGUGCCCGCGGCCACCCUGGCCCGCGCUCGGAAGAGGAGGGGGGCCUUAGGGGAGGCUGGUCUUCCCGGAGGGGACGCAGGCCUCGCCGAAGACGAAGACGGGGCUCUGAUGGGGACGGGGCGGGGGGUGGGGGUGGGGGGUCCACCGGAACUAAUCCCGCGUCCACACGCCUCUUGCCGAGGUGUGACUCGCGUACGGUGCAACGCACGGAUCUCGCGUGCGGGUUUUCGGAGACUGGACAAACCAUCUGAUCUGACCUUUAGAACCAUCAUUCUGUCCAGAUUCUAGACUAUUUCCGUCGCCCCCUUCAGCCGUCAGCGUCAGAGGCGAGCAGCGACCUCGUUUCUGUCACUAUAGUUCUGCUCGGUCUAGAACUUGAUGUAAAUAGAAUGAUUUAAUACCUA